CUCCAUUUUAUUGUUUAUUGCCAUGGAUACAGUCUGAUUGCCAAUCUGUCAAAAAAUCUGUUUGCAAAAUUUUAAUCUGUUUGUGUUUUUUAAACUGAAAAAUUAUUCUGUUGCAAAAUGCCUGAGCGUUUAAUUUCAGACACGUGCAGGGAUGCUAGUCUAAGGGCCAUUGUGACCUACAAACGACCUUGUAAUGACUGCUGUGAUUGUCUACCAAAUAAACCGAAAAAACAGCAGAAAGGUGGAAGAAAAUCAAAAUUUCGUCAACAUAAAAAACGGUCAAAUAAAUGUUGUUUGAAGGACCAAUCAUGUCCCCAAAGAAUUGAAGAAAUGGCCCUUCCAUUAAACAGAAGAAUUCAAUGCACUCUAGCAAGAUAUUCUAAUGUGUUUGAUACAGAACGAGUUUUGAAGGUUUGUAAAUUAAUCCAUGACCUUGAAAGCCCCAAACCAGCUCCACCAACCUUUAUGAAAAAGAACAAGAAGAAGAAACGUUGUCUCCGAGCAAAAGCAUGUUGCAAAUCAGCUAAAAUCAAAGCGCAGUGGUUAGAAAAACAAACUUCACGUUCUUCAGAAAAAUUCAUCAAAUACCUCGGUUGUCUCCGAAGAAUGAUCCCAAAUUACAAACAACUUCAAGUCACCAUGAUGCUUUACAAGUUCCUCAACUUCCGUAAACUCAAAACAUGCAAUAAAUACGUCAAAGAAGAACUUAAAGUAAUCUGUCAAAAACUCGCCAUUUUGAUUGAUGUAAAACUCCAACCCUACAAACAAGAAUUCAUCGUUGAUCAGAUAUCAGCUACUUCCUUUGAAGAUAAACACUGUGUCUUCCAAAUGUAUCAAUAUGUCCCACCUGAAAGUGAAGCAGAAACUGAAUUGGUUUAUGAAGAAGAAGCAAGUACUGUACAAGAAGGUUCUUUGUAUGCAGGAGAAGAAUCAUUACUACUUUAUGGUGAAGAAGAUGAAGGACUGGAUAGAGGAGGAAAAAAAUAUGGAGAAGGAGAUGAAGAAGAAGAAGGAUUAGGAGAAGGGGAAUCCAUAAGCUCACAUGGUGGGUUAUUAUCUGAAGAAUCAGAUGUUUUUGGUGAAGAUGGCGAAGGAGGAAAAGAUGGAGGUUUAGGAGCAGGACAAUAUGGGGAUGGAGAUCAAUUUAUAAGUGCCUAUGAUGAUGAUUCAAAACACAAAGGAAAAGGAGAUGAAUACGAAUCUGAAAUUGAAGAAGAAAGCUAUAUGGGAGGUGAAGAAGAAGCAGCUGCUGGUGGUCUCAAAGGUUUCGAAGAAGAAGAAUCCAUCAUGGAAGGAGGUUUAUCAGAAGAAUCUUCAAUAGAAUCCAAGUUAUCCGAAGCAGGUUUAUUAGAUUACCAUCCAGAAGGUACUUCUUCAUACGUAGAUUGGUGUCUCUAUGUCUCCUGGUUGAAGGAACUAGGAAGAAACAUUGAAAUGUACGCCAGUUGUCUUCAACAGUUCAAAGAGACACUCCAGGGAGAUGAAGCAAGUAAAUUUGAAGAAACAAUGCGGUUUAUCUUAAAAAACUGGUCGGAUUACUUAGCUGAAUCCCGGCGGGUUGAUCAAGACAUGACUCAAUACUUCAAGGACAAACCAAUGACAUGGUGUACUAUGUGUAGGGAUUGUACCAUUGAUGAUUAUCCAAUGGAACAUUUCAUCCCACCAGAGUUGGCUGAGGUUAUUAAUACUACGAAACACUGGCGUAGGUUAUUGGCUGAGGCUGAGGAGUAUUGUAAUCUGCUUAGUAAGAAGACCAAAGGUGAAGAAGGUGAAGGAGAAGUUGAAGAGGAGAUGUAUGAGAUCUUUGAUGUUGGGACCAGUUCUUCGUCUAGUUUUGAUAUUACUCCACUGGGUCAGAGAAGGUCUAAGAGUAAAUAAUUUCAUUGUCAAAUUUAUGCAUGUAAUAAAUGUGUUGCCGUCAUU